UCUCUUCCUAGCGCUCGGGACCUUUUCCUAUCACUCCUUAGCUGCAGGCUGGCUAGGUUUGGGUCAGGUAGCAGAAAAGCAUCAGAAACUUAACUUCAAACCAGGUAUUCCCAAACUGGAUGGAAAUGUCUUGAAUUCACCCUUCUCAAAUGAGGAACGUGUCUUUUGUGGAAACUCUGAAUUUCCCAGCAGCCUAGAUGAGCAGUGAUUUUUCAAAGAAGUUGGAAUGGAAUUAAAUGACAUGAUUUGUCUAGGUUAUUGGAUUGAUGAGAUCCAGUGGCUAACCAUGGUCACUCUGUUCAUCGCCGCCUUGGUGACUCUAAGCAUAUAUUUGGUGCAAUAUGCCUUGGUCAUUGUUGGAUCCAGUCCCUGCAGGAUGUCAACAGACUCCUUCCAGCCAGUACAGAAGGAAGAUUUGGGUUUCUUGCUGAAAUGGGUACUAUCCCUAAACAGUUGGAGGAGCCAGUGGCAAGUGGCUUGGGUGACAGCUUUGAAUGAGGAAGCUAAACAUAAAGGGGGACCAUUAUUUCUUACAUUUGAAGAGGACCAAGUUCAAAAGCCAUUAGAGCUAGCAGUUCAACCAGUUGUGAAUGUCGUCGAGUCUGUCCAGAAGGUGGUAUCCUAUAAUGUUGAAGGAGAUUCAAUUCAGUUUAUUGUCCAUGUGCUCUCAGCCUCAUCUGAUGCUUCAAAAUGUCAGUCAUAUGAUGUACAGUUAUCUCCGUUUCAUUUACAGCUAGAACUUCAUAUGAAAGAGAAAAGAGAAGACAUAUUGAUAAAGUGGUCCUUCCUCAAUGCUUCAGAGAUAAAUAUAAAAAUCCAGCCUAAAGCAAUACAGGAGGAUGAGAUAAUUGAGACACUUGAACUAUCCAAAACCCUCAAAGAUAUUUUGAAACACCUAAUUAGUUCAGUCUCCCCAUCAGUGGUUUUAAGCACAAAAAUUGUGGACAUAAAAAAGUUAGAGGAUGUGCAAUAUACCUCAACACUUCCUCAGGACUUGUGCCCUCCUAAACCUCCAAGGGUUCAUAAGCUAAAACUGUUGGUGAAGAAUAUCCAAGCAAUACUGCUGAAUAAUCCUGGUUCUUCAGGUAGCCUUAACUGUGUAUUUGUGACUCAGUUAAAUGACCCUCUUCAGAAGUUCUUCAGCUCUGUAACCAAAAGUACCACAAAUUUCACUUGGGAUGAGGAGUUCACUUUUGAAUUAAAUGCCAAAUCCAAAGAGUUACAAAUGCAUGUUUUAGAAGAUGGGAAGUCCAAAGAUAGUCUGUUCUUUGGUUUGGCAACUGUUCCUAUAGAUGUAUUCAAGAAAAAGCCUUCUGGACAACAGUGCUUUGUUCUGAACAGUGGGUACAGCUGUAAUCACAUUGUGUUGGGAUCUAUCACUGCAGAGUUCUUUUACAUAGAACCAAAAGAACCAAAAUCAUGGAAAAUUCCUCCUCCUGUUACUUCUGCACAGACAGAAAAAGACCAAACAGUGAUGCCCUGUGGGACUACUAGUGGUGCCCUGAUGGUCACUUCUAUAACUGCAAUGAGAACAAAUCCUGGACUGGAUGUGGGUAGAUUUCCUGCGUUGAAUUCUGAUUUUUCUGUGAAAACUCUUAUUAAAAUCAAAGUCAUUGAAAAGGAUAUCAUGGUCCAAGCAAUUUCUUGCCACAGUGAUUUCUCCUCUUCAGAUACAAAAUUGUUGGGGUUGAAUGAUUCUGAUCCAGUUGUAGAUGCUGCAAUUCAACAACUAAGUCAUUCUUCAAAGUUGAAAUUCAAGUCACCAAGGAAGAAGAGUACUAUUAUCAUAGAAGGGGAGUCCAAGAUUUCAUUAUCUCAGGACAGUGAAACACCGCUGAUGAUAGACUAUGCAGCCUCCAUGGACAGCUCAUAUCAACAAGAAUUCCCUUCAUAUUAUGAAGAAGUUGUAUCUGCUGAGCUUAUUGAUGAAAAUUUAUCAAAACAUAUAUUGCCUGCCUUAGAACCACAAGAAAAUGAAUUUGAUACUUGGAAACUGGAGAGGAAUGCCAAAUCUGAAGAGUGGAAUAGUGAUGCUCAGACAGACCUGGAUAGUGAAGAGAUGCCACGGAGUUUAUCAGCAUUUUGGAGAAAAAGGCUUCCAGAGAAUUUAAAUGUUGAGAAUAUCAGUCACUUUUCAGUGAAUCUUGGUGGAAAUUUAAGAAAGGGAGCAAAAGUUUUCCAUCCAUGGCAUCAUCGGAAAGAUCUUGGAAUCAGCCAGUCAUAUAAUGACCUUAUAUUCCUGCAGCACCCUGAUGAGAUUCACAGAAAAUCAACAAAGAUAACAAGAACUUUUAAGAAGAAUCUGCUUUCCAUGCACAGGAACAAGAGUGAAUUGAAUGUCUUCUCAGUGGAUCUCUCUUUAUAAAGCUCUGUUAACUUCUUAUGUGACAUGCAUAUCAACUGAUCAGUUAUUUAUGAAGCAACAUUAAAAGAUAUGAACACAGACAUACAACUGUGUACUUUUUGCUAGAUCUUUGAACUUCAUUAUAAAGGGAAAGCUCUAGUUGACAUGUGACGUUUUGUUUAGAAGGCUUAAUAUUUGUUUUUUC